CCUCUCAAUGGCAAAAGGAGGAAAGCUAACAAAGAUCAAGUCUGUGCUAAAAAAAUGGCGUUCGUUUAGCAACGGCGAGCCAGUUGGUCUCACCAAAGACCGCGUAACCACUUCUGAUCAUGAAGAUGACUACAACAACGUAGGACAUAAUUCUCAUGCUGUCUAUGUUGGCAAGUCAAGGCGUCGCUACCUUAUAAGCUCAGAAGUGGCGCAACAUCCGUUGUUCCAGGAGCUUGUGGAACGGUCUGGUGUUGGUGAUUCUGGUGUCACGAUUGAGUGCGAGGUUGUGUUGUUUGAACAUUUAUUGUGGAUGAUUGAAAGUGUUGAUCCUCAACCUGAUGCUUUACAUGAGCUUGUGGAUUUUUACGCUUGCUCGUGAAGUUUUUUCGUUUAAUUCUUGUGUUUUGUUCUUGAAUUCAUGUUCUACCACUUAUUUUCUUUCUUGGAUAACAAGCAAUCCAAUAACUAUUUUUUUUUUUCAUCUUGUUUGAGUCAAUAUGUUCAGUCCAGAUUAUAAUUGUGUGGCUCUCACGUUUCUGGCUUGAUUCCAUAAAAAUACCAAGUGCUAUUGGUUUUGGUGGUA